ACUCCACCUCUUCUGCACACAGAUUGGCAGGUAGUUCACACAACCAAUCUAAGCGCAGCCAAUCAGACCCGAGUGGGCGGAGCUUGGGAAAGAAACAGGUGCGGAAAAUCCAGCUCGUAUAAUAUCCCAGUGCUGCUGGCUUUAUUACUGACACCUGUCUCCGCGCGUCAUGGAGAGCUGUGCGCAAAAGAACCACUCCAGCGCGCGCUGCUGCUGAUCUUACCGCACUUUACUCCACUUUCCAAGCUUUUCUCACCCGGUGAGGAACUCCAGAGGAGCGCUGUGAAGCUGAGGCUGAAGCAGUGGUGAUCUGCGCGGUUUGAGAAGCUGGUGCUGGGGACUUCUUCUUCAUCAUCAUGAACGCCUCGGCGCUGAACCAGACGGACGGCGGGGCUUUCCAGAACCGGAGCGCGGAUGUGUUCGCCUGCUGUAAUUUCUCCUCGGUGGUGACGGACGAGGGCUUCUCCGCCACGGUGCCGGACGAGCGGACUCUGUUCAUCAUGCGCGUGGUGCAGAUCGCCGUCAUGUGCGUGCUGUCCCUCACCGUGGUCUUCGGCAUCUUCUUCCUCGGCUGUAAUCUGCUCAUCAAGUCAGAGGGCAUGAUCAACUUUCUGGUGACGGACCGCAGGCCGUCUAAAGAAGUGGAGGCGGUUAUAGUGGGCGCCUAUUAGCACCAUGGGUGCUCUGCAGCAUGGGGCCGUUACGCACGGGCACGAGGGCAGGGAACACUUGGUUCUGCCCCGCGGCUCGCCCCCACGCUCCGCCCGCCCGUCCGUCCGUUCGUCCGUGUGAAGAGGAGGGAGGUCCGGGGUUCGCCGUCUGUCUGUACAGAUGAAGUGGAGGGGAACUGAACGCGCUGCUGUUUCUUAAUGUUUGCCUCCAUCGGACGCGAAGCGGACUGUCCACAGCCCCUCUGGUACAGCGUCCUCCCGGCUGAACAAUAAAAGCCCCUUACGGGUUAGCCAGCAACACUUCCCCUAUGGAGGUUAGCUAAAUUAACUUUUAGCUAAUGAAGCCUAAUAAAUAUUUCACAAAUAGGUCGUUUUCCCACUAGAGGGAAACUUUUUAAAAAGGUAUUUCAGUAGUUCUGUUUCUCUUAUCAACAGUUUAUAGGCUAUAUAUAUA